AUGGACCGAAGAACCCGGUAUGGAUUUUCGGCUUGGUGGUUUACGGCAUUGUUGGCCGCCUUGUCGGCUGCAAACCCAGUGCUUUCCGGAGCCGAUCUAGUGCGCGCUGUAGAUUCUACGCUCACGAGCGUCUCGGCAGCCCUGAAGGGCCUCUUUCUCCCCGAAUCGCUGCAGGCUCCGAGCAAUAGGACGUCAAGAUGCAAAGUCUACCCCGGUGACCCAGAAUGGCCGUCCGACGAGGCCUGGGCAAAACUCGACGAACUUACCGACCACAGACUGCUCGCGCGACCAGAGCCUCAGGCGGCAGUUUGCUACAAUGGACCACUAUACGACGCCGAAAAGUGCGCCCAGAUUACAGCCACUUGGAAUAGUUCUUAUACGCACUACAUCGAUCCAAUCGAGAUGAUGAGCCCGGUGGCGCAAGGCAUGACAUGUUUACCACCGAAUGUUUUCGAUUCUCAUAAUUGCACCCGCGGCGGUUUUCCGAUGUAUGUCAUCAACGCGACGGAACCAAAGCAUGUGCAGAUGGGCGUCAACUUCGCCCGAAAUACUGGGGUUCGACUUGUGGUUAAGAACACUGGUCACGACUUUCUCGGGAAAUCCGGCGGCAAGGACUCCCUGAGUAUUUGGACGCACCACUUCAAAGACAUUGACUACAUUGAAGACUUUGUGGAUGAAACGCUCGGAUAUUCGGGGCCAGCUUUCAAAGCAGGGGUUGGAGUUCAAGCCUUUGAGAUCUAUAAGGCAGCGCACGAAUACGGUCACUCGGUGGUUGGUGGCGAGGGCGAAACUGUGGGUAUCUUCGGUGGUUAUAUCCAAGGUGGCGGGCAUUCGCCCUUGACGUCUCUCUACGGUACUGGAGCAGACCAGGUACUUGCCUUCGAAGUCGUAACAGCUGAUGGUGAGUUCGUCAUUGCGAAUUCCACUUCUAAUAUCGACCUCUUCUGGGCGAUGCGUGGUGGUGGCGGCAGUACAUUUGGUGUCGCAACCUCCGUCACUGUCAAAGCUCACCCAGAUAUGCCGACUGCUGUGUCUCGAUUCUCUUUCACAUCUGAGAAGAUCGGCAACGAAACAUUCUGGGCUGGCAUUCGCGCUUAUGUCGACUACUUCAUCCCCAACGCAGAGGCCGGAACAUACGCCUAUUUCCUUCUCGUCCCCAAUGUCUACACCGGAAUCUUCACCUUUUCGAUGACACCCUUCUUUGCUCCGAACAAGACACUCGAAGAAACGCAAGCCCUUCUUCAGCCAUGGUUUGCCCGCCUCAAUGAUCUCGGUAUCGAAUUCGACCCGAACAUCACGCAUUUCGAUAACUUUUACGACGCGUGGCGUAGCUCGUUCCCGCUUGAAACUGUCGAGAAAAUCAACGCCACGACUGGAUCACGGCUCUUCCCGCGGACUAAUUUCGAGACCGAGGAGAAGCGCGAGGAGCUCUACCACAACAUCCGUCAGUCGAGCGAAAACAACCGCGUGCAGGUCCACUUCAACAUCAAGGCAGUGGACCCAGACAAUGCUGACAAUGCUGUCAAUCCCGCUUGGCGGCCCAACAUCCUGUUCUCGCAGCAAGCCGUACGGUGGCCUGUGAAUGGCACCGCGCAAGAGAUUUUGAAGAUCAGGCAAGAGUUUCAGGCUGGCGAUAUGCAGCGUUGGCGCGACAUCAGUCCGGGUGCAGGAGGCUAUCUGGCGGAGGCUGACCGCCUAGAACCAAACUUUGGUCAGGCAUUCUGGGGCGACAAGUACCCUAGGCUGGUGGAGCUGAAGAGAAAACUGGAUCCACACGACGUGUUCUUUGCUACUACGAGUGUUGGCAGCGAGAGAUGGAAGGUUGAGAGCGUUGAUGGACUUCCGAACGAGAACGGAAAGUUGUGUCGGGUGGACUUAUGA